AUGGCCAUGGAAUUUCAGAAUUUGCUACACUUUUGGGCUCUCUCCUCAUCACUCUUCCUCAUCCUAUUGAUCCAUGUUCAAGCUGCCCCUCCUCACUCUCUUGUCACACACCUCCCUGGCUUCAACUCCAAUUUUCCAUCCAACCACUAUUCCGGAUAUAUAAGUAUUGAUGGAGAUUAUGAGAGUGGGAAGAACCUGUUCUACUACAUGGUGAGUUCAGAAAGAAGUGCAGAGAAGGACCCAGUGGUGCUAUGGCUGAACGGUGGACCUGGGUGUUCCAGCUUCGAUGGAUUCGUUUAUGAGCAUGGACCAUUCAACUUUGAGGCUCCAAAAUCAAAAGGGGAUCUACCCACUUUGCAUAUCAAUCCUUAUAGCUGGUCCAAGGUUUCGAACAUCAUAUAUUUGGAUUCUCCUGCGGGUGUUGGACUCUCUUAUUCAACGAACAAAAGCAAAUAUGUAACUGGGGACCUACAAACUGCGUCUGAUACUCAUGUUUUCCUCUUAAAGUGGUUUGAGCAAUUUCCAGAAUUCCAGGCUAAUCCAUUUUAUAUUGCUGGAGAGUCUUACGCUGGAGUUUAUGUGCCUACUUUGGCUUUUGAAGUUGCCAAAGGAAUCCGGAGUGGUGCAAAGCCCGUGAUCAAUUUUAAGGGUUACAUGGUUGGAAAUGGUGUCACAGACAAUGUCUUUGACGGCAAUGCUCUUAUCCCAUUUGUGCACGGGAUGGGCCUCAUAUCCGACAGUAUCUAUGAGGUGUUCACAUCAAUUAUGAAAUUCAAUUACAAUUUGCAGGAUUUACAAGCUACGUGCAAAGGAAACUACUACGAUGCCUACUCUUUGGACGAAAAUGAUGUGUGUUACAAGACCAUUGAAAAAGUUGAUAGGGCCAUUGAUGGGCUUAACGUGUACAAUAUACUAGAGCCAUGCUACCAUUUCCCUGAUAAUAGCACAGGCAAAGAAAAUGGAAAGUUACCAGUGAGUUUCAAGCAAUUAGGAGUUACUGAGAAGCCUCUCCCAGUGAGGAAGAGAAUGUUUGGAAGAGCUUGGCCUUUUCGAGCACCAGUCAAAGCUGGUCUUGUUACAUUAUGGCCCCAAUUGGCAGAAACGAGGCAUGUCGCUUGUGUAAAUGAUGAAGUAGCAAGUUCAUGGCUAAACAAUGCUGCAGUGAGGAAAGCCAUUCAUGCUGAAUCGGAAAGUGUGGCGGGUGCAUGGGAACUAUGCACGGGUAGGAUAGAAUACCAUCACAAUGCUGGAAGCAUGAUUCCUUACCACAAGAACCUAACCAUGUUGGGUUAUCAGGCACUUAUUUUCAGUGGUGACCAUGACAUGUGUGUACCAUUCACUGGAAGUGAGGCUUGGACUCGAUCUCUGGGGUAUAAGAUUGUGGAUGAAUGGAGGCCAUGGAACUCAAAUGACCAAGUUUCUGGGUACUUACAAGCUUACGAGAACAAUCUCACCUUCCUAACAAUUAAGGGAGCUGGGCACACCGUGCCGGAAUAUAAGCCACGGGAAGCGUUGGAUUUUUUCAGCCGGUGGUUGGAAGGAAAGAAAAUAUAA